UUGUCUGGAAGAAAAAAGGACUGAGUUAGUUUAUCUUUAAUUCAACUAUUAUCGUGUUUCCUGUUUUAUUAUUAUGAUAUAAAGAGAAUUGAUUUCCCAGGUACGUUUAUUAUAAAAAUAGUUUAAAUGAAAAAACAUUAUUUAUGGGAAUUCAAGGUGAUAGUUAUUACAUAAAAACAACUCAAACGUAUCAAUGUAACAGAGUUAAGAAUCAUAAAAAUUUAAUAUACUCGCAAAAUGUAAAACUACUAAGUGAAGGGACAAAUUUAUUACUUAUGAGAUAUCUUUCGAUUAUUAAUUACAAUGGAAUUUUAACAUUUGGAAACAUAACGAUUAAUGGAAAUAUCGCUACAUGCCAAUAUGUGAGAAAUUAUAUACAUUAUUAUAUAAAUAUAAUAGUUUUAGUUUUACAUUGUAAGUGCACUCCUGCAGAAUACAUGAAAUUAUAUAAGAAUCAUGUGAAAGCGUACACAAUUGAACGUAUAAUAGAAAAUGAAAAUGGAAGUGUAGAAAAUAUGAAAACAUAUUUAUCUCCAAAAGGAAAAAUAUUAGAACACAAUUGGUCAUCAACGUCUUACGUGCUAAAAAGCGAAUCUUUAGAAAGUGUAAAGCAAAUGAAUAAAAAACUUAGAAUAGCGAUACGAAACGAUUAUUGGAUGGAGGAUAUGGAAAUGUUUUCUAAAUAUUUAGACGAAAAAUUGGACGUUAUUUUACAGCGUAAUGAAGUAACAAAAUUCAUUGAGUAUUUAACUGAUCACGUUGAAGUAAAACAUUUAAUAGCCGACUAUACACAAACUUUGUUAAUAGGUAAGCUAACUUAUGUAUUAAUAAUUUAAUUUAUCCAUGGUAAUAUCAAGAAUAAUUCAGUCUAUACAAGAAUAUAUAUAUAUAAAAUACAAUAAAAUCUUUA